UAUAAACUCUUUCAGUGAAAUUUUUUACACUCAUUUGGCAGGAAGAAGAAUCCUCAUUUUCUCAGCUCCGCGCCGCCGCUCACUUCUUCUACUCCCUUUCUCCGAGUGAGAAAAAAAUCCGAGGAAAAUCAUGGCAUACGCAGCGAUGAAGCCGACGAAGCCAGGGCUAGAGGAGCCGCAGGAGGUGAUCCACAAAAUCCGCAUCACACUCUCUUCGAAGAACGUGAAGAAUCUGGAGAAAGUGUGUGCUGACUUAGUACGUGGGGCCAAGGACAAAAGACUCCGUGUUAAGGGACCAGUGAGAAUGCCAACCAAGGUUCUUCUUAUCACCACCAGGAAGUCUCCUUGUGGUGAAGGUACAAACACUUUUGAUAGGUUUGAGAUGAGGGUUCACAAGCGAGUGAUCGAUCUAUUCAGCUCGCCAGAUGUUGUGAAGCAGAUCACCUCAAUUACGAUCGAACCUGGUGUUGAGGUUGAGGUCACCAUUGCCGAUUCUUAGAGCUCCACAUAUUUCCCUUUUCUUGGUUUUCUUUCUCGGCUUACAAUUUUGAAUGUUCAACUUUUAAAGACUAUUGUUAGAGGGAAUAUUUUGGUAAUGUCAAUUUUCACUCACUGUUGAAUGCCAGAUACUAAGUUUUCAAUUUAUGUGAUGUUAAAAAUGAAGUUCUUUAGUGGGAUUGUAUUCUGAAAAUUGUUAUAAACUUUUCAUUAAUUUCUUCC